CUUCACCACCUUGCCUUGCCACAUCCAGACGCCUACUUCCUUGCAUACCUCGAAUCUAAUCUUCCUUAUACCCCACAAUGCCCUUUCCUGGAACGCAGAAAAAUGAAGUCGAACAAAUCAUCAAGGCACUUUUGAAUGCGACAGGUCCUCGCAACAAGCGACGACUAGCGGACAUGUUUAUGGACCUACCGGACAGGACGGCUUGGGCUGAAUACUAUGCGAUCAUUCCGCAACCCCGCUGUCUCAGUGGCAUUCAGAGCAACUUGGCAAAGAACAAGUAUAAGGAUCCGCUAGACGUCUUCACUGACCUCGAUCUCGUCUUCCUGAACGCCCUGUACUACAACGAAGACGGGAGCCAAAUCGCACAUGACGCUGCUACACUGAAGGCUCUGCUAGAGACAGAAUGGAAACGACGAUCAGUUCUCCCAACACCCCGCGCGUCUCCGCCCGCUUCUUCAGCACAGAAGACACAUGCAAGAGCAGCAGCAGCAGCAUCUAAAACUGCUCAGCAACCAGCCGCGACCAAGGCCACAACGCGACCUACGCCAGCUACCCGGCCACAAACAGCCGUAGUCGCGCCUGCUCCGUCCGCUCCAACUGCUUCAGUUGCCAAGAGCCCUGAACGGCACUCCUCACCUGAAAUGGAUGUCGAUAUUGGCGGGACGCCUGAACCGGAGGGCCCCUCUCACGGUGAGAGUAGGGACGCAGAGGCCGAUGAUAUAGUGAGGCAAUUAGAGAAGGGCCUACCAAGAUGGGAGGGCUUCGGAGAAUUGGGAUGGAUGAACGAAGUGGAUCCUAACCGUCAUGUCGAAAUCGUACAAGCCGUAUCUGGUUAUCAGGAUGCUAGUGGUUUCCGCCUUGCUGCAAGCAUGGAGGCAAUUCCGGAGGAAGUUGCAGGGUUGCCUUUCAAUUUCCCGCUGUCCCUCUCGUUGAUUGAGAGUAGAGCACGAAACAAACAAUAUGCAUUCUCAAAGGCAUUUGACGAAGAGAUGUCACAACUUUUCGUGAUGGGUCGGCGCACGUAUGAGCCCGGUACCGAGGAGUACGGACACAUCCUCAUCCUUCAAAGGCUGUAUCAUGCGCUCACGUCCUCAAAUCCGCCACCGGGUCCUCCAUUUACUACGACGACCAACUUCGCGUCUGUGCGUGCAGGCCCUGGUACAGCGAAGCCCCUGCACGCAAACGCCGAAUCAGAGGGCAUUCUCGGCGUGACGACGUACCGUGUCUCCACCAAAGACAGAGAAUUCAUCAAUGAGGUGCACUUCAAGGGAUGGACUGUUCGGCUGGCGGACUGGCUGCACAUGAGCAACCCGGAUGAUCCCAGCAGACCUAUCGUUGGACAAGUUUUCCGGUGCUUCGCCUGGGAUGCUGCUAGCGGCAGGAAGGGUCAACCGGGUGUGACGGUGGCCUGGUACCAUCGGCCCGAACAGACCUUUCACCCGGCGCGCCGCCAAUUUUGGGAGAAUGAGGUGUUCAAAACCAGCCAUUUCGCCGACCACCCGCUCGAGGAUAUCAUCGAGAAGAUCGCCGUGCAAUUCACGGCGCGCCACAUACGAGGCCGACCACGGCCCCCUUACUGGUACUUGGGCUGGCCGCUUUACGUCUGCGAUUCGCGGUACAACGACCGCGAACGCAUCUUCGUCAAGAUCAAGAACUGGAACUCAUGCGUGCCAGAGGAAGUGCGGAAGAGCACGGAGUUCAUGCCCAUCUAUCCAUUUGAGAAGAGCGUCUUCCCUCGGAGGUUCAGCAGUCCAUUCCUCACCGGACGGGUCAAAGGCCCGGGGGGCAUUGCCGAGGCCACAGAGAAGGGGGACGGCGAUAAGAUCGAAGGCGGUGGCACCGGUAGGAAGCGUUCGAAGCGAAACCCCGGUGCGACGUCGACCCCAAGUCGCACUGAGCAGACGGAUCGAGCGGGUCCUAGCAAGGGGCUGUAUGUUGGAGCCCCUGCUGCUCAGGCUGGUGCCUCGACGUCGACGUAUCAGUACCCGCAGAACGCACAGAAUCCACGUGCCCCGUCCACCCAGCAGGCGACCGACAGGUCGAUUCUUACAUCGGCUGGGCUCACCGCUCUCGGCAGUAAUGUGUCGACAGAAAAGCUACCUCCAGAAACAGUGAAACACUUUGACCGUGAUCCUGACACAAACGAGGUGCUAUGGUUCGCCUCGCCCCCUGUCGACAGAGCUCGCUCCCGACCGCCUCAGCAUAGUCUAGCAUAUCUGCAUUUUCUGGCCAAGAAGCGCAAGAAAACACACGACGAUGACCGGGCCAUGGAUGUGGACGAGGUCCCGAAUGGGCCAUCUCAUAAAAGGCUAAGAAUACAGCCGACAGUAACAGAGACCCUAGGACCGCUGUUGGUCGAGCUGACAGCUGAGCUUGGCUCCCCUGUUGCCAGCUAGCAGCCUUAAUAUUAUUGCCUCGAGUAGUAAUCUUCACUAUCCUUCACUUUUAUGCAUGGUAUCUGUACAUACUGUAUCCGAUUAAUCUGUAUAGCUAACUCUGUAUCCAUGUCUCUUCGUGGUCGAGCCAUACUUGGAACCACACCUGCGUCUCCCUCCA